UUCACUUUCAGUUCAACAGCAAGUGGUGAACUGGAGCGCACGUGAAAAUACAUGGUACUGACGAGUUAUAAGAGACUAUCCCAAAAAGCCAAUUUCACAGAGACAGAGGUUUCAAACGUUGCGGAAAUGAACAUUGAAUUUGUCAACGAUGGUUUUCGGCUAGAUGAAAGUCAGAGUAUUGCAAAGAUCGAGGGCGAUGAGGCGACCAUUCCGCAUCUGGAAUCGUCUUCUAAUGGAACGAAAAGCCAAAGUUUAUCUUCGGAGAUGCUGGAGCACGAAAACUUUCCUGUUUUUCUGUCGAAAUCAUCGAUGACGCUGUUAGUUGAAAAGGCAGAACCCGAUAUCCGAUUGCACCAGGAAGAAAAAAACGAAAAAGUCAACGAUGUGGGAAACGAAGGAGAAGAGCGUGGAGGAUGGAGCAACAAACUUGAUUUCCUGUUCUCUUGCAUCAGCGUCUCGGUAGGAUUAGGCAACAUUUGGCGUUUUCCUUAUCUUUGUUACAAAAAUGGCGGGGGAGCAUUUCUGAUAGCGUACUUUGUUGCCAUGGUAUUUUGCGGCAUUCCGAUAUUCUACGCAGAAGUUGCAUUAGGACAAUAUUUAGGAGUUGGGGGUAUGACAUUCAUUGGUCAAUUAGUGCCUAUCAUGAAAGGAGUAGGUUUCGCAACCAUGGUUGUGGUCGUACUUAUCGACAUUUAUUACACCGUCAUCAUCGCUUGGACCCUAUUUUACUUGAUUGCGUCGUUCACCGCUUUGCCAAGUCUUCCCUGGGCCGGUUGUGAUAAUGUAUGGAAUACACCCAAUUGUUACGUCCCGACCGACGUGGCGAAUCUGACGUAUGGGAUCAGCCUCACCAACUCGUCGGUGUCUGCAGUCGAAGAAUUUUGGACUGAGCGAGUUUUAGGCAUAACAGAUAGCAUCGACAACUUGUCUUCCGUACGUUGGGAACUGUUUGGAACACUGGUAUUGGCAUGGAUUCUUGUUUAUUUCAUCAUCUGGAAGGGCUUAAAUGAAAGCGGUUACAUAGUCUGGUUCACAGCCUUGUUUCCCUAUGUUAUACUUUUGGUGCUUCUUGUUCGAGCAGUUACUCUGGAAGGCGCGGAGAUUGGAUUGUUGUACUAUGUCACCCCGAAAUGGGAUCUUCUGCUUACCGCUGGACCUUGGAUUGAUGGUACAACGCAAAUUUUCUUCGCCUAUAGUAUCGGAACUGGAGCAUUACCCGCGCUAGGUUCAUAUAACACGUUUAAAUACAACUGCUUCAGGGACGCCAUGAUAACUUGCUUAGUGAACACUGUGACGUGUUUGAUUGCAGGGAUCGUUACGUUUGCAAUUCUUGGAACAAUUGCGCAUGCAACUAAUGCCAGUAUUGAUUCGGUGGUGACUUCUGGACCUGGCCUUGUUUUUAUUACAUAUCCAGAAGUAGUUUUACGCCUUCCAGGAGCGCCAGCCUGGGCAGUACUUUUCUUCAUCAUGCUUGCGAUUUUAGGAAUUGAUUCGGAAUUCUGUAAUGUCGAAUCUUUCGUUACCGGACUUAGCGACAACUGGCCGGGAAAGUUGCGAAAAAACAGAAAAUUCUUCUCGUUUCUCUGCGUGUUAAUGAUGUUUCUUCUGGAUAUUCCCAUGAUAACUCAGGGUGGUAUUUACAUUUUUCAGUUAAUGGACUAUUAUUCAGCCAGCGGGAUGUCAAUGCUCUUCCUUGUAUUUUUCCAAACUAUUUCUAUUGCAUGGAUAUUUGGCACUAGCCGAUUCUGUGACUGCAUUGAGCAGAUGUCUGGUAGCAGACCCUCUUGGUUCUUUUACGUCUGCUGGUGUUUCUUUGGCCCACUUGUUAUGGCAGGUGUAUUUUUAUUUUACGUCAUUCAAUACAUCCCAGUAACAUACGGUGAAAACUACCAAUACCCUUGGUGGGCGGAAGCCAUUGGAAUCACCAUCAGCUUGUCUUCCAUGUUAUGGAUUCCUGGUUAUGCUGUCUACUACAUCGUGACGACUCCGGGGACGUUAAAAGAAGUAUUGGCAAAAGGGGUUACUCCUGUUUGCAAGCCCAGAAGUGGAGCUCCACCAUUACCGCCUACCGCAGACGAAGUAAAAAAACUCAGUAAUGUUUUAUAGCAUGUCAUGCGUGCGUUCACAUAUUCACGUUCAAAACCCCUUCCCUUGGAACCUUGUUUCAUGAAUAAAUAUAACAAAAGUGCUGGUCUUAUAUUAGGUACGUGACUUUAUAUAACGUACGUCCAUGCCGAUGAAUGUAUUCGACAAUGUAAUCUACAUACGAAUUGGUAGUAGGCCUAAGUGAACCGCGCUAUUUUUUGUAUUUUCCAUCAUAAGUAGUCUACGCAAAAUGUGCUAGACUACUUAGAUAGUGUUUGAAAAAUCUGACGUAUCUUUAGAGCUUCAACCCAGUAUUCUAGUAUUAUAGACUUAAACAUGAAAAUAGUUAUGAAUAUAUACAUGAAAUAGUUUUUAGCGAUUCUGUCGUUUAAACUGUAAAAAUCGCCUAUAAUAGUUCAGAUACUAAUACAUAAUUGAACUCCA